UGCCAGCAGAGAGCCGGCGCGGCGCGGUUGGGAAUUAAAGCGUUUAAUCGCCAAUUCCCCCCAGAGCCAUUGCGGAGCAGCGGCGGCUGCGGGCAGCCCCUCACGGCCGGGCGGGAAGGGAAGGAGGGCGCGGGGCCGCCGCGCCUGCGCGCUGUGCUCGCCGGGGCGGCUGCGCGGGCGCAGAGGCUGCGCUCCCUCAGAGCCGCCGCCGCUGCCUCGGAGCUCCGCGUCCCGCAGCGGCUCCGCCUCGCCGCGAGCCGGCUGCGGGCUGGGACACGGGCACGGAACCGCGGCAGGACAGCCGGUGACAGGGCGCAGGAUGUCGGCCACGCUCUACGUGCUCUCCACGAUAGGUGGAUACGUCCUCACCUCCGCGCUUCUCCUCAAGUGCCCGGGGCUGCUCCACCGGCCCAAGCGGCAGCGCUUUCGCUGCCGGCACAUCUCGCACCGCGGCGGUGCUGGAGAGAACCUGGAGAACACAAUGGCAGCCUUUCACCACGCGGUUAAUCUGGGGACAGACAUGUUGGAGCUGGAUUGUCACCUGACAAAAGAUGAGCAAGUGGUUGUGUCCCAUGAUGAGAACCUGAAGAGAUCAACAGGAGUUGAUGUCAACAUAUCUGACCUCAAAUACUCGGAACUUCCACCUUACCUCUGCAAGUUGGAUGUCACCUUUCAGAAAGAAAGUCAGUGUGAGGGGACAGACAAUCGUAUCCCACUCCUGCAAGAGGUGUUUGAGGCAUUUCCAGAAACUCCUGUCAACAUUGACAUCAAAAUGAACAACGACGUGUUGAUCAGAAAGGUCUCAGAGCUGGUGAGCCAGUACAAGAGAGAGCAUCUGACCGUGUGGGGCAAUGUCAAUUAUGAGAUUGUGUGCAAGUGUUUCAAGGAGAACUCUGACAUUCCCACCAUCUUCUGUGCCCAGCGUGUCCUGCUGCUCCUUGGCCUGUUCUACACUGGGCUGCUGCCCUUUGUUCCCUUCAAGGAGGAAUUCUUUGAGAUUCCCAUGCCUUCCAUCAUCCUCAAGCUGAAAGAACCAGAGAAGAUGUCAAGAAGCCAGAAAUUUGUUAUCUGGCUGGCUGACACGCUGCUGAUGAGGAAGGCACUGUUUGAUCACCUCACAGCUCGGGGCAUCCAGGUUUACAUUUGGGUACUGAAUGAAGAGGAGGAAUACAAGAGAGCGUUUGAUCUUGGAGCUACUGGAGUGAUGACAGACUAUCCAACAAAACUGAAGGAGUUCUUACAUAAUUACCCAGCAUGAAGGAAGAAAACUGAGAAAGUCCUUCCAGAGCAGAUUGUGAGCCAAGGAUUUUCCUCAUUAAAAAAAUAAUUGGGGGCAGCAUGCACAGAUCAUUUCUGUUGGAAACAUGUAACUGAUGAUCUGUUACCUUGUUGUCAAGUCACUACCUAAUGUCAAGGUUGUAUAUUUAUUUUAAAACUUUAAUUACAUAGUUUACAUUUGUAAAUAGCUCAUUUAGUAACAGCACACUUCACAAAUGAUGAUGAUGAUUAGGAAGAGAGUUGCCUGAUAAGGUACCUGUAGAUAAUAAGCAUUAUCUUACCUGUCACAAGUGUUCCUAAGCAGCUGUCCAGAUAUGUCAGUUAUUCCAGUUAUAUUCUAGUGAGCAGAAACUGAAGAAUUUCUGAAAGUGUAGGCUGUGUGUUUGCAUUUCUUGUGUUGCUUUUAGAUUUCAGGUAACUUCUAGAGGAAAAAAAGAAAAA